AUGAGCAGCAAGGAGAGGGAGACAGAUAAUCAGAUCCUCCUCUAUCUAAAGAGGAAGGGCUACAAGGCCGCCGCGGCCAUUAUGCAGCAGGAAUUGGCUCGCGCUGCGGCUCCGGCUGGCCAUGGGGGCGAACGGACAGCAGAGCAGGCCACCUUUGAAGCCGCGCUCGAUAGCGAAGCGAGCAUUACAAAUCUCAUUUCUUCCUUCGGCACCAUCGAUCGUUCGCCUGAGCGCUACGAUGAGGCCUACAUCGCACUGCGCGAUUGGAUUUACGCCUCCCUCGACCGAUACAAGUUUGAGCUGAUGGGUGUGCUGUACCCGGUGUUCGUGCACCUCUAUCUCGACAUGGUGGCGGAUAACCGCCCCGACGCCGCCAUGGGCUUCUUGCAGAAGCAUCUGGUCGAACACGAGGAUCUCCACCUGGACGAGAUUCAGCGUUUGCAGGCCGUCACCAGCAAGCAGCAGAUCGAAGAAAACCAGGUGGCGCAGAAGUUCCGCAAGUUCAAGUCACCCGUCCGCAUGUGCCGCUACAGCGCCAACCUCUUGGUGGCCUUCCUCGAACAGCCGAAGAUGACCCUGCUGCUGGGUCUUGCCAACCAGUAUCUCGACAUCAAGGUGUUCAGCGGUGAACCGGAUGAGCUGGCCGAGUUGGAGUACGACGCCAUCACCGGCCAGUCGGCGGAGGAGGUGGACAACAUCAACCGCAAGGAGGUACACUGGGGCCUGCUCGAGGAGCAGGUGGCGCACCUCAAGGAGGAAGCGGCCGAAAAGGAGGCCAAGACCAAGGAAAAGGAGAAGGAGAAGGAGAAAGAAAAGGAGAAGGAAAAGGAGAAAGAGAAGGAGGACGCCGGGAAGGACGACAGCCAAAUGGACAUCGAGAAAGACGCGGAAAAAGACGAGGAAAAGGAAGAAGCCAAGAAGGCCAAGGAAACUCCGGUCAAGCGAGUAAAGACGGAGCCGACUGAACCCGCGGGGCCACCAAUCGAGACCAUCAAGUCCAUGAUCCCCGUUCCCUCCCUAAACGAAACUCUGGAGAUCAAGCGAUUGGAGGACCUGAGAAGGCGCGUGGCGCUCUCGUCCGCCUCGCUCCCCUCCAUCUGCUUCUUCACCUUCCUCAACUCUCACAACAGCAUCAAUUGUGUCGACAUCACGCGUGAUGCGAGCGUGGUGGCCGGGGGCUACGCGGACUCGUCCAUCAAAGUGUGGGACCUGCAAAAGGACCACCAGCGCAUUUUUGGGACGGGCAAGGAGGAGGCGCCCACGUCGCGGAAGCGCUCGACGGACUAUGUGCAGCUGCUGGGCCACUCGGGUCCAGUCUACGCCUGCAGCUUCAGCCCCGACAACCAGUACCUCAUCUCCGCUUCCGAAGACAACACCGCGCGCCUGUGGAACCUCGAGACUCGAACGAACCUCGUCUGCUAUCGGGGACACAACUACCCCGUGUGGGACGUCGAGUUCAGUCCUCUUGGGUACUACUUCGCGACGGCCAGCCACGAUCGAACGGCGCGCCUGUGGAGCACUGACCACAUCUACCCGCUUCGCAUCUUUGCGGGCCACCUGUCCGACGUCGACUGCGUCAAGUUCCAUCCGAACUGCAACUACGUGGCCACGGGCUCGAGCGACAAGUCGAUCAGGCUCUGGGAAAUGAACUCGGGCAACUGCGUGCGCAUUUUCACCGGCCACUUCGGUCCCGUCUACGCCCUCGCCUUCUCCCCCGACGGCCGUCUGCUCGCCUCCGCUGGUGAGGACAAGACGGUGAUGAUUUGGGACCUGGGCACGGGCAAGCGCGUCAAGGUGCUGUCGGGCCACCACGAGAAGACCAUCUGGUCGCUCGACUUCUCCGCCGAGGGCACACUCCUCGCCUCCGGUUCGGCCGACAACACGGUGCGGCUGUGGGCGAUGGACCGAUCGGCGGCCACGGCACCGUCCGCAGGGCUCGCCGCCGCGACGGCCUCCAUCACCGGCGGCGCCGCGCCCGCGCCCAUCCUGCCGUCGGCCAGCUUCAGCACCGCAGCGCUCGCCACCUCCGACGACGCCGGCAAGCACGGCAAGAAGCGUCCCGUCACCAAGUCGCCGGAGCUGUUGAAGACGUUCGCGACGAAGAAGACGCCCGUGUACUCACUCAAGUUCACCCACCGCAACCUCCUCCUCGCCGCCGGGCCCUUCCUCGCCGAUUGA